AUGGCUUUUGAAACUACAAAUGGGAUACUGCUGGCCGCCUCGCUCUUCGCCGGAAUAGUGUUAUAUCUGCAGAAGAGGAAGCGCUAUACUCUACCAUAUCCUCCUGGCCCCAAAAAGCAUUUUCUCCUCGGAAAUUUGCUCGAUGUACCUACUACAUUUGCAUGGAAGAGGUAUGCAGAGUGGGGGAAGACGUUCGAUUCCGACGUUUUACAUUUAAGCGUGGCCGGUAGCCACUUCAUCAUCCUCAAUAGCUUCAAAGCGGCCAAUGACUUGUUCGAAAAAAGGUCGUCUAUAUAUUCGAGUCGGAUCGGCUGGGAUUGGCUCAUGUCGGGAAUGGUGUACGGCGAACCUUGGAGAGAGCGCCGAAAGGCGUUCCAGCAAUACUUUCAUGUUGGAAACGCGCAUCUCUACGAGCCUGUCCAGAUGCAAGCCGUGCGUAAGAUGCUGCCGCGUCUUUUGAAAGAGCCCGAAGAUUUCCUCAGCAUCACUCGACAUGCACUGGGAUCAAUGGCGUUAACAUUGGCCUAUGGAUUAGAUAUUCAGGAGAAGAACGACCCGUAUCUCCGCGUUUCCGAAGCAGCCGUGAAAAGCAUCGGCGAAGUCGCUAUUCCUGGUGCAUUUCUUGUUGACAUGAUCCCAGCGCUAAAAUACGUGCCGGAAUUUUUCCCUGGCGCUGGAUUCAAGAAAAAGGCUAGGAUAUGGAGAAAGGUACAGGAGAACAUGCGCGAGAUUCCGUUUGCAGCCACACUAAAAAAUAUCGCGUCAGGAAGUGCAAAAGUGUCGUUUACUUCGACGUGUUUGGAAAAUCUAGACGAAAGCAGGGACGUUGAUCAUCAGCGCACAAUCAUCAAAGAUACAGCUGGCAACAUGUUUGCCGCCGCUACCGAUACUACGAUAUCUGCCAUACACACAUUUUUCGUCGCAAUGCUAUGCUUCCCAGAGGUCCAGAAAAAAGCACAGCAAGAAAUCGAUCGUGUACUUCAAGGAAGGCUGCCCGAGUUUUCGGACGAAGCUGACCUGCCAUAUUUGUCUGCUUUAGUGAAAGAAACACUCAGAUGGGAGCCCUCCACACCAAUAGGUGUCCCCCACUACUCCAGCGAGGACGAUGUAUACAAUGGUUACCAUAUUCCUAAAGGGUCCCUGGUUAUCGGAAACGCAUGGGCAAUGUUGCACAAUGAAGAAGACUAUCCUGAACCAUCUCUAUUUAAACCCGAACGCUUCAUCAAAGACGGGAAGCUAAACCCCAACGUUCGCGAUCCCGCUGAAAUGGCAUUUGGUUUCGGUCGUAGAUUAUGUCCAGGAAACCACAUAGCGAUAUCGGCAUUAUGGCUGACUGCCGCGACAGUGCUAGCGACAUUCAAUAUAACAGAGGCUAUUGAUGAUGACGGGCGUCCUAUCAAGCCUUGUGUCGAGUAUGAAUCUGCUUUGAUAUGCCAUCCCCUUCCUUUCAAAUGUACCAUCAAACCGCGAUCGAAGGAGUGCACCAUGCUCAUACAAGCUGCAGCUGAUUCAUACUGA